UCCUGCAAGCGAACGGAAGUUAGAAACGCAGGCUGCAGAAACUGACAGCAUAGGAGUGAAUUUUGUGUUCAUUUGAACAAGGGUGUGUUUAUUUAUUGAAAAACAUCAUGGAGCUGUGCGAAAUUCUCUACAACAAAGCCGAGUACAUAGAAACGGCAUCUGGUAAUAAAGUAAGCAGACAGUCUGUACUCUGUGGAAGCCAAAAUAUUGUGCUAAAUGGAAAAACUAUUGUUAUGAAUGAUUGCAUCAUUCGAGGGGACCUGGCAAACGUCAGGGUUGGGCGUCACUGUGUGAUCAAGAGCCGGAGUGUAAUAAGACCACCGUUUAAGAAAUUCAGCAAAGGAGUUGCUUUCUUCCCACUCCACAUCGGGGACCAUGUGUUCAUUGGAGAAGACUGCAUUGUGAAUGCUGCACAGAUAGGGUCUUACGUCCAUAUAGGGAAGAACUGUGUUAUUGGGCGGCGGUGUGUUCUUAAAGAUUGCUGUAAGAUUCUUGACAACACGGUCCUGCCUCCGGAGACGGUUGUCCCACCAUUCACUAUGUUUUCUGGCUGUCCAGGUCUGUUCUCAGGAGAACUUCCAGAGUGUACCCAGGAACUCAUGAUUGAUGUCACAAAGAGCUACUAUCAGAAGUUUUUACCACUGAGUCAGAUUUAGUACUUUAUGACAUAAGACAACAAAAAUUGGACCAAUUAAAGGUUUUCUUUUUUUAUAUCUGCAGUAAAGCUGUCUUGAAAUUCCACCAGGUUUCACAGCACUGAAACAGCUUUUCUAUUUAUUUUUAAAGAAUUGUGCACAUUUUCAAUUCACUGCUGCUGAAAGAAUGCAAUGAUUAUUAAAUCCACGAAACUCCUAAAAAAAAUCCUAAUUUGCCAUUUUCAUUUAGUUCUUAUUGGGGAUUUUUUUUGACUGUUUGUGAAGAGUGCUUUCAGUAUACAGGGGAAAUAAUAACGUAAACACAUAAUUAAAUAUCACUUCUUAAUUUAUCAAAUUUAAUGUUGUCUGUUGCAUUAAAAACAAGUUUGUAGCUGUUAUUUUGGCUGAAAAAGCUGCUUGGAUGUGGUGCAUUCAGGCAACAUAAGCCUUCCUUCUGUGGUUACAUUGUUGCAUACUAACAAUUGACUAGAAGUGUAUGAAUACUGUGGUUAUCCAAGCAGUACAGAAAUGGGUGGAUUCUUAUGUCAUGUAUGCAGAAUACACAAGAGUUUUGACUAUUCUUACACAGAACUGUAUUUAUUAAGUAUGGAACCUGGUUCCUAAAUUGUCUUGUAUGUGCAUUGCAGGGAGGAUCACAGACCUAACGCUCCUGCUAAUAAUGUGUGAUAUUAAAAAAAAUAAAAAUUAAAAAAAAUCCUGAAUUUUGUUUCAUUCAAU